AUGAGACUGAGUCCGAUUAUCCUGUCGUGGGCCACGGCAAGCUGGCUCGGUCCAACCGGAACUACGGCGAUACGGGCCCAAGCCUCGAGGGACUACGAGCUGUCGACGGAAUUCUUCCUGGUGCCCAGCGACGUGGCGAUGGACAAGAAUGGUUUGGCCAGCGUGGCGAGUGUCAUCAGCGUACCGGCGCCGAACAGGACGGUUUCGGUGUUCAGGAUGCCUGGGAAAAAGAGCCAGGAGAUCGAGUCCGAUACUCAACCGUACCCGAGGUCCUUGCUCAGACAACGACCCUGGGCUCUUCCUCUGGCGGCCCUUAGCGCGGCCACGAUGCUCCUCAUGGCUGGCUUCGAGGUUUUCGUACUGCUCAAGGCAAGAGUAACAGCACCGAACAGACGACAUUUGUUUCUGGGACAAGCUCUUCUUUUAGGCCUCUUCCUCCUGGCAGGACUCUCAGCAGCCGCGUCCCUAAGUCAAAAUCCUCUAUCCUGCGCAGCAUUUCGACUAGUCGGUUUACCCGCAGCACUCGUAUUUGCGGCACUUCUGGUUAAGUGCGUCUUCUUACUUUCUUUAAAUAGCGGCAUCUAUCUACCAGCACCGUAUCAAGCGUUAGUAUUGGGAUUCGCGGUAUUGGUGCAGGUAGUCAUCAUUGGACAAUGGUUUUACGGCGAACCGCCUGCCGUGGUCCAGGCACAAACCACGGGACAAAUCUCUUCAGCCCCAUGCUGCAAAACUCCACUUGGGCAGAUAGUGGCUUCCCUCGGGUAUCCUGGCGCGCUGCUGGUCGCAGUAGCUUGUUUAGCAGUUCGAGCACGCGGUGUUAGAGACAACAACCGUGAAGCAGCGUUUAUCGGCCUUGCUGUUGGUUUGUCGCUGUCGAUUUGGAUAUCGAGCGCGAUCGGUUCAGUGGCAGCUUCCUCGGAGAGCGACAGAGAGGCCUGGUUAGCUUAUGGUUUAUUGACCACUUCCCUCCUCGUGUUCCUGACGAUGUUCCUGCCUAAGGGUCGGCAGUUGGCUGCCCUUGGCCGAGAAGCUCCUGAUACGGUGAUUCGUGAUCGAGACGAUGCUCUCAGCUCGCUUCCUGGCAGCGGUUACUCGCCAUCCUUCUUCCACUUUAAACCAGCCGAGGCUUCUUUGAAGAGAAAGCUGCAUUAUCACAGUGCUGAUCGUGUGGCAUUAGUCUCAUCCGCUAUACCUGGAUGUACUGCCUGCAGGCACGGUGGAAGCCCCAUAUAUUCCGACGAUGUUCACGGGCCGAUGGAGACAUUCGUUUUGCCGCCCGGCAUGUACUUAAGGCCAGAAGACGCAGGAAACUUAUACACAACACUGUCGGCGAACCCGAAUGUAUUUUUUCAACGAGCAGCUCAUCCGGGGAUGAUGUACUGAUAAUGUCCCGGAAACUCUGUCGCGCGAAUGUUCGCGAAUUCGAUAAGAGAACUCCAUUCCUACCAUUCUUCCACGAGAAGAAGGCACAGCAUGUGUACAUCCCCAUUCCAGUUGCAGUCCGCUGGCUCACAGGUAUUGGUCGAAAACUGUGACGAAGAUCGGUGACAGCCAAUCACCGGACUGCAGCAAGAGCAGGGAUGUAAACACGCUGUGCCUUCUUCUCGUGGCAGCACGGUACAUUCUUAGAUUAGAUAGCCACGAAACAACGGACCAUUUCCGUUUGUUUGUCUUGUUAUUGUAAAUAAUAAAAAAAGCCGCUGUCGCUAGAGAUGUUAGCGUUUCUUUGUAGAAGCGACGCUCGAUUAUUUCGAUAACAAAUCAAACGAUAGCAAUUGAAAACGAAUUUCGCGGAAAAAUUAUAAUAAA